CCAGAGAGGAGAGAAGGAGGACCGAGGCAGGACGGAAACCCUACUUCUGCUUCUCCCUCUUCUUUUUCUUUAUUUUUCUUUUGUUAGUUUUCUUAUCUCUCUCUCUCUCUCUUUCUGUAGUUUUGUGUCAUUGCUUAUUUUUUGCAGUGAUGCUGGACACGCUCACCUUCCUCCUGGAGAAACUCUUCCUCCUCGCGCACAUCAAGCUGUCCAGCCUGCUGCCUCCGCUGGGCGGCAGAGCCCGCGCCGAGCAGCCGCUAGCCAGGCGCCCCGAGCGGGACGAGUGUCCGCCGGCGCAGCCCGGCGGCCCUCCUCCGGUGAAGUUCCAGCGCGGGGACCUGCUGGAAGUCCCGCGCACUCUCUUCAUCCACUUCGGCAUCUACCUGGGCGACAACCGGGUAGCGCACCUCAUCCCGGACAUCCUGCCGUCGCUGACCGCGGACAGCCGGCACAUCCAGGAGAUGGUGACGAACACGCGGCUGGUGCUCGGGGUGCUCUGCAAGCGCGCCACCGUCCGCGUGGACUCCGUGGAGGACUUCGCGUAUGGCGCCGGGAUCCUGCUCAACGCCAUGGACCGCGCGGUGCUCCGGAGCGCGCUGCCCACGGAGGAAGUGGCCCGGCGCGCGGAGCGGCUGGUCGGCGCCGUGUCCUACAGCCUGCUGUGGAACAACUGCGAGCACUUCGUCACCUACUGCCGUUACGGGGCCGCGCAGAGCCUGCAGACCGACCAGUUCUGUGAGUGGCUGAAGUCGCUGAUCCGGGACCGGCGAACCGUUGUCCUGUCGGUGCUGCUGGGACUCCUGUCCAUGUCGUGUUUGGGAAUCUCGCCCAGCACUGUCGUGCCCGCCCUUCUCGUCCCCUUCACCCUGUGGAUGGUCAGCUAGAAGCUCCGGGACACAAGCGUUGGAGCGCCACCGAUGGUUCAAAAACGGGCUUGAGCCGCCACGUCGUAAGACUCACAGACAGGAUGUUGUCAUCUGCAAACAAGUUGACCUGGCGUACUACAUUUCUAAUGCUAAUAACCAGACCCAGAAACCAUUUGUUGUAGGCUACAUUUACAUCGCUACAUUUUGGGGUUUUUAAGCAGAGUUUUGAGCCAAAAGGGAUCUCCGUUCACACGUGUUUUUUUUUUAGCUCCAGUAGAAGAAAUAAUCUUUGUUUAAAUGAACAUGCACUAACCAAAAUAUCUCAUCAACAUUCUGGUAUACUGGGCAUUAGUCUCGCAUUCCUCAGACCUUCCUUCACAG